UCAGGAGCUCUUCGCCAUCUGUCAGGGCUUGCCCGGUCCAGGGAGCACGAAGAUGCUGUUUUGCUUGACGUUGCUGCAUGCCGGGUUUAUUCCUGCUCUGUUUGUCUUUUUGUUAGCCUCCCCGGCGCAAUUGGCAUGUACUGCCUCUCCCUCGGCGUGCAGCACAUCAACGAGAUUCUCCCCCGACCCGCGUACGCGCUUCUCUCAGGCCUGAACGCGUCGACGGUCGGCAUCAUCGCGCUGGCAGCGGUGCAGCUGGCGGAGAAGGCCAUCAAGGACAAGCUCACCCGCCUCCAGGUCAUCCUGGGCGCCUGCGCAGGGCUGUGCUACAACGCCCUGUGGUAUUUUCCCGUCCUGAUGAUCAUCGGCGGUCUGGCGACUGUCAUCUGGGACGGAUGGCUGAGCAGAGAGAUUGGCAAGGCUAGAGCGGCUUUGCAGCGGAGGAGGCGGAAUCCUCAGCCAGCGGCCGACGACGAGACCGGUGCUGGUGCUGGUGCUGCUGAAAAUAGUAUUCCGCUCGAGGAAAGGCAAACUCCUAUUCCACCCGCGAGAUCGGAGUCGACUGCUCGAUCGCGAAAGGGCCAUCCAGCGGACAGCCUGCCGCAGAAUACUUCGGAGGUCGCUCCCAGAAACAGCGAGGAGGGUUCCUCAGACCACGUGGUCCGCGUCAGGGCCGGAAUCACCAUUGCUGUGCUAUUCUUCGCCUCCUUCAUCGCUAUCCUAGUCGCGCGCGGCGUGGUCCACUCCGCGCCUCUCCCCCUCGACCUCUUUGCCAACAUGUACCUAGCCGGCACGAUCAUCUUCGGCGGAGGCCCCGUAGUCAUUCCGCUGCUGCGGUCGUACGUCGUCGAUCCGGGCUGGGUGACGAGCCGGGACUUUCUGAUCGGGCUGGCGAUCAUCCAGGCGUUUCCGGGGCCGAACUUCAACUUCGCCGUGUUUCUGGGCGCGCUGGUGGUGCUGAAGUCUGGGUAUCCGACCAUCCUGGGCGCGUUUCUGGGUUAUCUCGGGAUCUUCGUCCCGGGGAUCACGCUGGCGAUCGCCGUGCAGAGCUUCUGGCGCGUGCUGCGCAGACGCAAGUGGGUCGUCGAUCUGCUGCGGGGCAUCAACGCGACGGCUGUCGGGCUGGUCUUCACGGCCGUGUAUCGCCUGUGGGAGAUUGGCUAUCUGACGCCCGAGGCCAGCAGUGGGAAGAGUCUGGGCCUGGACCCGUGGUGGGUGGUUGUUGCGACGGUUGCGUACGCGGAAACGGCCUGGUUCAAGGUCCCUGCGGCUGCGGCUAUCGUUUUUGGGGCCGUGUUGGGCCUUUGUUGGUAUGGUGUUGUGCAGGCUUGA